AUGUUUCAAUCAAAAGGCAUCCGACUUGACUCCGAGCCCGAGAAGCUCCCCUUCCCUCUCUUCUACAACCCCAAACCCUCCACUUCAUGGCACGCAGAUGUCCUCCAGUCCAUCAAAAGCUGGCUCACUAUGUGCUGCGGCAACCGCGCCGCCUACAAGACGAGCGACGCGGCAGUUAGAAUACUGGAAGAAGGGAAGAGCCGGGUCGAGGAAGACUGUGAGCCACUGAUUGAAGGUGGGACGGGUGCUGCGGAGAAGAGGGAGGCGUUGAGGGUAACGUUCCCAAGGCAUGCGGCUGCCUCGUUUUUGAAGACGGGGACGUCGAGAGGGAUGAUGGAGGCGAAUUGGGUGUUGUGA